AUGAACGAAGGUGCCAGAUCCACAAAAAGAAUUCAAAAAGAACUUGCAGAUAUAACAACAGAUCCACCAGCUGGUUGUUCCGCUGGCCCAGUAGGUGAUAAUUUAUACGAAUGGAUGAGUACUAUUAUUGGACCAGAUGGUUCACCAUAUCAAGGAGGUGUAUUUUUCUUACAUAUUUUAUUCCCAGUAGAUUAUCCAUUUAAACCACCAAAGAUUCAAUUUAAAACCAAAAUUUAUCAUUGUAAUAUAAAUUCAAAUGGAGAUAUUUGUUUAGAUAUUUUAAAGAAUAAUUGGAGUCCAGCAUUAAAUAUAGGAAAAGUUUUAUUAUCAAUUUCUUCUCUUCUUACAGAUCCAAAUCCAAACGAUCCUUUAGUUUCAACAAUCGCAGAACAACUAAUUAACGAUAAAGAGGCACAUGAUAAUAAAGCACGUGAAUUUACUAUGAAAUUCGCAAAGUAA